AUGCGCGGAAUUUUUGCUACAGCGGCCCUACUCGCAGGCGUCCAAGCCGCCGUUGACCCCAUUGUCAUCAAGGGUCAGAAGUUUUUCCACAAGAACAGUGGUGAACAAUUUUUCAUGAAGGGUGUUGCAUACCAACAGGAAGUCAACUCCAACUCCACAGCCGCCUCAACCGACGAGAUUGACAUCACCGAUCCCCUUGCCGACUCUUCAGCAUGCAAGCGCGACAUUGCGCAGCUCAAGAAGCUCCAGACCAACACCAUCCGUGUCUACGCCAUUGACCCUAAGAAGGACCAUGAGGACUGUAUGACACAGCUUGCAGACGCCGGCAUCUAUGUCGUAGCCGAUCUGUCUGAGCCAGGAAUGUCGAUUAACCGUGACGACCCCGGUUGGACUGUCGAACUGUACGCCCGUUACACCAGCGUCGUUGACGAGAUGAUGAAGUACGACAACACCCUCGGUUUCUUUGCUGGAAACGAGGUCAGCAACCAGCCCAACAACACCGUUGCCAGCGCUUUCGUCAAGGCUGCCGUCCGGGACACCAAGGCCUACAUCAAGAGCAAGAACUACCGCGAGAUUGGUGUCGGAUAUGCUACCAACGACGAUGCUGAUAUUCGUGAGAACAUGGCCAACUACUUCGACUGCGGCGACUCUGACAGUGCCAUCGAUUUCUGGGGUUACAACAUCUACUCGUGGUGCGGUGACUCCUCAUUCACCGAGUCCGGUUUCGAUGUCCAGACCAAGAACUUCGAGAAGUACAAUGUCCCAGUCUUCUUCGCUGAAUACGGCUGCAACACUCCUCGCCCUCGUAAGUUCACUGAAGUCAAGGCUCUUUACGGCAAGGACAUGACCGGUGUCUGGUCCGGCGGUAUUGUCUACAUGUACUUCGAGGAGGAGAACGAAUUCGGUCUUGCUUCCAUCAAGAACGGCAAGGUUGAGACCAACGAGGACUUUGACAACUUGUCCAAGCAAAUCGCCAAGGCCACUCCCGUCGGCGUCAAGAUGUCUGAGUACAACCCUAGCAACACUGCUGCCGCCUCGUGCCCCAAGGUUACAUCUGGCAAGUGGGAAGCCGAGUCUGACCCCCUCCCUCCUGUCGCCAACGCCAAUCUUUGCUCGUGCAUGAUGGAGACUCUUAGCUGCCAAGUCGCCGACGACACCGAGGAGAAGGAUUUCGGCGACAUGUUCGGCUUCCUCUGCGGUGAGAAGGAUGGCGAGUACUGCCAGGGUAUCAACAAGAACGCCACUGCCGGUCCCUAUGGUGUCUACGGCAUGUGCUCCAGCCGCGAGCAGCUCUCUUUUGCUCUCAACGCCUACGCUAAGAAGGUCAGCGGCGGCUGCGACUUCAAGGGCCAGGCUACCACCAAGAAGGCCGUUGCUAAGCCCACUGCUUCCGGCUGCUCUGGCCUUCUCAAGGACGCUGGUGUUGACGGCACCGGUUCCGUCUCUGGCGCUGCUGCCAAGGCUACUGGUGGUGCUUCUGACUCCAGCUCUGCAUCUGGCUCCGCUGGUGCCGCGUCUGGUCUCUCUGCUCCUCACUUCACCAAUGGCGCUUUCGGCAUGGGUCUGUACGUUGUUGCCGCUGUCGCCUCCGGAAUGGCCAUGAUCUUGUUGUAA